AAUCAUUACCCACGGCGGUUAGCGACUUAGUGGACGCCUGUUGACCUUGCUAAAGUCACUAUUGAAGUUCACCAACAAAAAAUCAAGCAACAAUGGAUCAGAUAGUGCACAAGUUCGUGGAAGUCAACGGAGUGAAGCUUCACUUAGCCGAGAUCGGAAACGAGUCGUCGCCAGUGGUGGUGUUCCUCCACGGUUUCCCAGAGAUAUGGUACAGUUGGCGCCACCAAAUGAUCGCCAUCGCCAAUGCCGGUUAUAGAGCUAUUGCACCCGAUUGGCGAGGCUACGGACUAUCAGAUCCACCUCCCGAUACCGAGAAAUUUGUAUUCUCCGAUCUCGUCGACGAUCUUCUCGCAAUCCUUGAUUCGCUCGGAAUUGAUAAGAUUUUCUUAAUCGCGAAAGACUUCGGGUUGAGACCAGCUUUUCUUUUUACACUGCAAUACUCCACGAGGGUGACCGGAGUUAUAUCACUUGGAGCACCACAUAGGCCCUUCAGACCCCCUACGUUCCUCAAACAGAUGCCCGAAGGUUUCUAUAUCAAUAGAUGGAGGGAACCAGGAAGAGCUGAAGCUGAUUUUGGGCGUUUUGAUGCAAAAACAGUGGUGCGAAACAUAUAUAUCUUGUUUUCCAGGAGUGAAAUACCAAUCGCCGAUGAGAGCCAAGAGAUUAUGGAUAUAGUUGGUCCAUCGACACCUCUACCGCCGUGGUUCACGGAGGAGGAUCUUUCGGUCUAUGGAGCUCUGUAUGAGAAAUCCGGAUUUCUUAAUCCACUCAAAGUUCCUUACAGGUCAUUGGAUGAAGUAUACGACAUAGCAGACGAUGUAAUCAAGAAUCCCAUGUUGUUGAUAACAGGGGAGAAGGAUUAUUUUUUAAAGUUUCCAGGAAUGAAAGAUCUCAUAAAGAGUGAAAUGGUUAGAGAAUUUGCAACAGAUUUAGAAAUAGAAUAUGUGCCUCAAGGAACCCAUUUUCUUCAAGAACAAUUUCCCGACAAGCAUUCGAAUAAGAAAGUCCGUAACAGCAAGACAAAUGUUUAA